GAUUCCUGGAAAGGGUUAUAGAAGGUUCGUUUAGUUAUUUAACAUGGAAAGAGACCACAAUUGAAACCUUCACUGCUUCAGUGUGAUGCUUUUCAGGUAGUACGACACGUCCCAUUUAUUAUUAUUCAACAAAGUAUAAUAAAAGGUGCUGGUAAGUGAAGGCCAUUAAUGUGAUCACUUAUCAGUAAGUGAAAAGUUGUUAUCUUUUGAAUAUCCUUGAAGUUAUACAAUGAGGUCGAGAUAAAUCAGUAUUCUAUCUUGAUUAUAAAGGCUUCGACGCUUGUUAUUUGUACUAAACUUUACAACAUAGUGCUAAAAAGAAUCAAUAAAUACUACAAUAUGGCUGAUAGGGAUAUACCUAAAACAAUGAAAGCAUUAGUAAAACGUGAUGAAAACGAUGGUUAUAGUUAUGAAGAUAUGCCUGUACCCCAGCCACAAGGUGAUGAAGUGUUGAUCAAGGUAGACUCAGUUUCAAUAUGUGGAUCCGAUAUUAAUCUAUAUAAAUGGAAUGAUGUUGCAAGGGUUAUUGCUAAAAUUCCAUUUGUGCCUGGGCACGAAUGUGCUGGAACUGUUGUUAAAUGUGGACCUGAAGCCAGUAUUCCUAUCGGUUCCAAAGUAGGCGUAGAAAAUCAUUUUUUCUGUGGUACGUGUCUACAGUGUAAAUAUGAAGAUAGAGGAAUAUGUCCUACUAUGGGUCAGUUUGGACAUGGUAAAAAGACAGAACAUGGUGGCUGUUCAGAAUAUACAAUCGUUUCUGCUAAAUAUCUGUAUAUAAUGAAGAGAAACAUGAGUGGUGAUGAGAUUGCUAUGUUAGAACCAUUAGGUGUAGCUCAUAAUGCUAUCGAAAAUUUGGAAGUGAAAAAUGAAGAUGUUUUAGUUAUUGGCUGUGGUCCUGUUGGUUUACUUGCUCAGCUAUGUGUCAAAGCACUCGGUGGUAGAAGGGUAAUAGCAGCCGACAUUGAUGAUAGGCGAUUGGAACUGGCUACAAAGCUUGGCGCUGACGUAGUAGUGAAUUCGGGUCGAGAAAAUUUGAAAGAUUUUGUGUACAAGUUUACUAAUGGUGUAGGUAUAGGUAGGUUAUGUGAAUGUAGUGGAGCUUCUUCAAUGGUGAACUCGUCAUUUUCCAUGUUGAGAAAAGGUGGCCAUAUUGUAAUGGUAGGUCUACCAAAAGAACCACUUCACGUGGAGAAUGUUUUAACAGAUAUCGUAUUUAAAGCCCUAACAUUGAAGACUGUACACGGUAGACGAGUGUAUCAUACAUGGGAAAAGAUAGAGAAGUUGGUAGCUGAUGGCAUCAUUGAUGUUAGCCCUAUUAUAACACAUAAAUAUAAGAUGUCUGAAUAUGAAGAAGCAUUUAAAACACUAUUUAGUGGUAAAGCAUGUAAAAUUGUUAUGGAUCCUUCCAAGUAACUAGAGUGUAACUUAAUUGAAUACAUACUAUAUAUAUAUUUAUACAGAUUAAAUUUAUGUAUUG